GCUCAUCGGGAGUCGCGGACUCAAUACACUGAGGGACUGUGUAGGUUUACAAAAACUCCCACCCUCCUUCUUCACUCCUAGACGACUAUCUCGCCACGCCUCCGCCUGAAUUAAGAACAGACGAUAUCACUGAGCAGUCUAUCUUAUUUAUUUUCUUUGCAACUCGACGCCGGCGAUACUUCCUCGCCUACCUUAACCCGGUCUCCUUGACCACUCAGUAAAUUCAGUCCACAACAUUUGACUCGAUCAAUCCUUGACUUGGCCGACUGCUUCAUCUCCAGGCGCUGUGUCCGGAUCCACCCCCAACAAGGUCACUCCGAAGUUGUUCUCCUCCAACAUUGCGACUUCCACUUCAUCCCGCUGCCCUGCAGACUCGAACCUAAUUGCGUAAACGACUCCUCUUGGAGCAAGUCAAAGAGCUGCUUAGUCCAGCCCUACAGGAUCAUUAUCACAAUUCGGACAUAGAGUUGAACGGGUCUGCCAUUCGCAUCCCAUCAUACGAAUAAUCUGUCAGCUUGUCAGGUUACACGAUCACUUCGCCAUACUCGACUUCACGGAUCUUGGUCACUCCGUGUAUAACUAUGGCGCAAAGGAGGGGUCCAUGGUCCCAACACGAGGAUGCAUGUCUGAUGCAGCUCGUUAGUGAGCAGGGUCCUCUUAACUGGGUUCGAAUUGCACAAACCCUAGGCACCAGGACACCCAAGCAGUGCAGAGAACGCUUUCACCAGAAUUUGAAGCCAACCCUCAACCACGAGCCCAUUACAGCCGAGGAGGGCGUACAGAUUGAAAUUCUUGUCAAUGAGCUCGGCAAACGGUGGGCAGAAAUCGCUCGAAGACUUUCCGGAAGAAGCGACAAUGCAGUGAAGAACUGGUGGAAUGGGAACCAAAAUCGUCGGAGACGCCAUGACCGCAGACGAAGCACACAUCCUCGACCCAGCUAUGAAGACGGCCGAUACUCUUCACCAAGGCCCUACCAAAAUCGCCCCUCUCUCACGCUACACCCAGGGCCUAAUUCAAUGCAACAUCCUACUACUACUCAAUAUCUAUCUUCGCCAACAUCACCUGCCCACAGCUCUGGGAACUACUCACGCCAUCAGCAUGGCUCAUCUCUUCCUUCACCAAGCUCGACAGCCUCGCCGAGGAGCGACGCACUCGAUGCUGACAACACUGCACUGUCAGAUUCGGGAUCAAGCUACACGACAUCACCUCGCGAACACUACACACGCGUCUCCCCACCCGUACAACUACCACCUCUCCGAAUUGCCGUUACUUAUGACUCGCUGCCCCGCUCCCUGCCGGGUGUUGGUUCACUGCUUCACACAGCCGGGGAGAGAAGAGAUGUCACCAUUGCAGGCACGUACCUGCCAGCGCAUUCUUCUCAUUUGCCUACAGCACCAUGUUCCCCAACAGAGGAUCACCGUUCGUCCAGAAGAUUCUUUGGCACGGCCGAAGACAGGGACGCACGGAUGACUGUAGAUCAGCUUGUCAACCGUUGACUUCUGUUGACGCUAGUCGAUCAGUGGCUUUGCUUUGGGUACGCAUUGAAUAUGCGAGAGUAUGUUCGGGGUUGCGGGCGGCACGCAAUUUUUUUUCAAGGAUACCCCUUUCGUGGCAUUAAUGGCCAGUUCACGCGACUGCUCACCGGGGAGCAAGGUUAAUCCGCAUGGAAUGUAAAGGUAGACGGCAGUUCACGGAUGUACACGAUGUUGAACCACGAACGAUAGAGUUCGUUGCUGAUACUGGCGAGACACGCCAGGCAUUGCCAGAGGUUGCAUAUAAUGAGGCGAUGCCGAAUAGACGAGUGAUUACACGCGUCGCAGGUCCAACACUUGCUCAUGCUCCUCGGUUGGGCUGAACAUAAGCUACAACGCCACAUAAUAGACAUUGUACAAGCCAUUUGUGGUUUGACGUGAAGUAGCAAGAAGGUUCGGUAGCCUUUGAAGAUGGCGAAUGGAGCAAUCCAAAAGCUCACCCACAUGUUGCCGCAUUUACUGUAUUGGACUGUCUUGUUCUGCUGCAUCAAUGACCUAAGGUAGUGUCGGGGCGCAGGGCUGAAAACAGACUACGUUGUGCUGCAGGAUGUAUCUUGGGUUUGGCUCGGUCUAGACCACGAAGCGCAGCGGUUUCGCCAUGAAUGAAUGACGCGUUUGUCAUGAUGACACAAGGACGGACCGAUCAGCCCAGCCGAUCUUUCUCGGGCAUAACAAGACAGGCAGGGGCGAGGUAAAAAGGUGGGGGUGGGUUAUUUGUUCCGGUGAUGGCUCGUCACCAUGGCGCUCCGAUGGAUCUGCUUGUUUCAGUCACAGACAUCAGGGAUAGAAUAAGUUUUCUUCGGUACGAAUCGUGCAGCCUAACCUGCCCUCCAGAUUCAUGGCUUCCCUUGUGUGUUGCAGUUCAACACCUUAGUCAAGUAUAGAUUCAGUUGUCUAUGUCGACUACCGCGUCUGGCAUCGAACUGUAGAGCAUCCAA